AUUUAUGGGCUCCGUUGUAGGAAACAAUUAAUAAUAGAGAGUAUCAGCUCCUAAUCCUUAAUAAAUAUAACAGUAAAGCACAUCUCAUAGAAAUGUUGAUUUGGAAUUAUAUUUAAAAGAAGCCAAAUAAUGGAAUUAAAGAUAAGAAUAAAUUGAGUUUGUAAGCUAAUAAAGUUAACGUCUUGAACCAAAGUAAGAAAUUGUUUAUAUUUCUAAAUAGAUUAAAAAUUCAAGAAAAUAAUUAUACAUUAAAUUAAUUCAAAUCAGGUGUCUCAUAUAAUGAAGAAGAGUUAAUUAAACCCAAUGUCCCUAUAUAGGAUUCAAAAUUAUUGUAACAUUAAUAAGAAGAAAUUAAAGAAGAAAAAUAAAUUAUUAUAGAAAAUCAAUUUAUAAUUGAUUAAAAAGUUCUUUAAACUGAAAUGCAAGGAGUCUCACCAAUUAUUGGCUUAGAUUUAACAUAAACAGUAGAAAAUUAAUAAACAUAAUUUAUUUCUGAGUUUAUUAUUGACAAAUUACCUUCAAAAUUUAAAGAAUUUUAUGAUUAAUAUGGUUCUUAUAAACCACCUCCUGAUUAAUAAAUCUAAUUUGAUAUAGAAACCAAACUAAUUACUUUAGAAGAUAAUUCUUAUUAUUAAGGCAAAAUAUAAAAUAAUAUGAAACAAGGAUUUGGUUAUCAUUUAACAGAAAAUGAAUUUUAUGAAGGAUAUUUUGAAGAUGAUUAAAGAAAAGGUUGGGGAAGAGUUAUAAGUUUUAAUGGAUAUACAGUAAUAUAUAAAUUAAACAAUAUUUUAGAGUGGUUAUUGGUAGGAUGGUUAAAUCUAAAAAGAAAUGGAGAUAAAACAACAAAAUUAUUCAUAUAAAGGUUAAUGUGAAAAUUCAAUACCUCAUGGAUAUGGAGUUUUAGAUAAACCAGAAUAUAUUUAUAAAGGAUAUUUUUCAAAUGGAAAAAGAGAAGGUAAAGGUACAAAUUAAUUAAAACAUGCAAAUGAAAUAUAUGAAGGUGAAUUUGUUAAUGAUAAAUUUAAUGGAUAUGGAACAUUGUAUUAUGCAAAUGGUAAAAAGUAUUAAGGAAAUUUUAAAAAUAAUAGACCAGAUGGUUUAGGAGAGAUGCAUUGGCCAUCACCAGAAUAUAAAUAUUACAAAGGUUAAUAUUUUUAUAUAAUAUUUUUUAGGAGAUUUCGUUAAUGGUUAAAGAGAAGGAAAAGGAUAUUUUAAAGAUUUUGAUAAUUCUGAAUAUGAUGGAUAAUGGAAAAAUGACAAAAAAAAUGGAUUAGGAAAAUUUUAGGGAAAUGGAAUAGAAAUUAUAGGAAAAUGGAAAGACGGAGUUUUUCUGGAUGAAGAAUAACAUUGA